AUGAUAAAUGUGAUAAAAGACUAUUAUAAGAUUGAUAUUUUUGGACCAUCUACUUGCGCACUUUUAAUAUCCUUAAAUAAAAAUACCUUUGGAUAUAUAACUUCCAUGAACGAAAAAAUGAUCCAUUAUUUAAAAGUUCCCACCUACAGAAAUGCAGAGUAUAAAUUCAUUGACUUUAUUCCAUGGCCUUAUAACAACUACCACUUAGAAUAUUUACGAAAAUUUUAUAACUCUUGCUCGACAACAUUUAUUCCACUUCCUGAAAAAUUGUUUAUGCAAGAUUACCAAGGCUAUUUGAUUGAGUGCAAGAUGACUGCAACUGUGACUACCUCAAGUGACGACGCUUAUGUGCUUCUUUUACUUUUACCAACAAAAUCUUCAAGACAAACAGUUUUACUGUCAGAAAACGGGAUAAUUUUAACCUUCUCACAAAUGGUUCCAAAAUUAUUCAACACUGGCAAUAAAAAGAUUGCCAAAGGCGAGCUUAUUACUGAUUUUUUACCACAGUUUUGAGGAUGGUCUACACAUGAGCCGCAUUUUUUAAUAUUUAAUGGAAGAAUGCUGGUAUUUUAUUAUAACCAAGUGAAUUUUAUGUCUUCAACUCUCCAUAUUUUAACGAUAUUUCAUGAUAGUGAAGAAAUAGAAUUGAUAAGAAAAGGAUACUCAUUUGAAAAUAUUAUAGAAUAUUCUUACAGGGAAAAUGAUAUAUUAAAAGAGUUAGAAUUAGAAAAAGAAAAAGACUAUUUAAAGGUAGAUCUUAAAAAUACGAGAGCAAAUUUUGAUAAUGAAUAUAAUGGUUCUUCUAGCAGUUCUAGUAGCAGAAUGCUGCUUUCAUCCCAAAGACUUAUAUGGAAUUCAGCAUCUUCUGCAAAUGGGAAAAAAAUGUCAAAAAAAUUUGCUAAAAAUUCAGAAAAAACAUUAAAAAUUUUCAAAUAUGUUUUGAUUAUAUCAAUAAUCGCUAUUAUUCUUACUUAUGUAGCAAUUAUUAUUUUGGUUUAUUUAACAGUGUCGCAUGAAGUAUCGUUAAAAACUAUCAAGCAUUUAGGUGAUAUUUUAUUUGAAAUUAGCUCAUAUUGCACACUCGUACGCACGAUUGAUGCUGGAGUUGCUGAUAAUUUAUAUAAUCUUUCAAGGGAUUUAUCAUUAUUUAGCCAAGGAAUAAACAAUUUAGUUCAUUUAAAAGACUCAUUAUUAGAUGAUUAUGAUCAAUGAAGCUAUUGCUCAAGUUCUAAAAUUGUGAUUGAAGAAACAAUUCCAGCUUGAUAUUUUAAUGCAAGACAGCCAUAUUUAAAAACGCUCAAUCUUUAUAAUAUGAUCGAUGAAUUUAUAAGCCAUGUAAUUUUCAUUUAG